AUGGAUGUACGCUCACUUGACGACCUCUUUAGUGAAGCUUAUCAAGUCGACCCUUUCCCAGUAGGAGUCCUGGAUAUGCUGCGACGGGGAGCAGCUCAUGAUCACUUUCCCUCAGGACACCCGGGUCGCACUGAGACGCACACGAUCCUCUCUCGCAACUACUUCUGGAAUGGCAUGACGAAAUUCAUUUCACGCUACGUCAAGAACUGUAUGGCUUUGUCAACGCUGCAGGUACUUUCGCGACCCCUACCAGGGUUUAUUGGAGCCUCUACCUGUUCCAAUGAAGCCUUGGAGUCACACAUCAGUCGACUUUAUCGUCAAGCUUCCACUGUCAGAAAGUUACGACUCAAACAUGGUCAUCGUCGACCGCCUAACGAAGAUGCGUCACUUCCUUGUACAGAAAACAUUAUCACGGAGGAUGCGGCCUAGUCAGCGCAACCAAGGCGUUCUCAGUUCUAUUCAGUGAGUAUAAGCGGCGAGGGUGGUGAGCACUAAAACGGAACGGGAAAGUCGAGAAGCAUCAAAGGAAAUCCGGUACCUAGGUACGAAGCGGCAGCUGAUUGAUUUCGG